CAGUGACGUCACCGCUGCAGCUGCGGACAGGGCUGCGUCCUUGCAGGAACAGCCGAUCUGAGUUUUUACCACGCAGCACAUCAACUACAGAGCAGCACAACAUCAAAACACACACCAACACACCGCUGUCUGCUUUCACUCUCUACCCGCUAACAUCGACCAGGAAGAACAACAUGGGCAACGUACAGCCCACCAUAGUCCCAUUUGAGGACUUUGAUGUCACCUCUGAUAUUAAGGCCAUCAGAAAAGCAUGCAAAGGUUUGGGCACAGAUGAACAGUCCAUCACUCAAAUCCUGGCCAAUCGUUCCUCAGCUCAGCGUAUGGAGAUCAAACAGGCCUACUUUGAAAAGUAUGAUGAUCAGGAGUUGGAGGAGGUUCUGAAGGACGAGCUGACGGGGAGCUUUGAGAAGGCCAUCAUCGCCAUGUUGGACCCUCCUGAAAUCUACUUUGCCAAGGAGCUAAGGAGGGCCAUGAAGGGGGCAGGGACAGACGAAGCUGUGCUCAUUGAGAUCCUGUGCACGGCCUCCAAUGAGGACAUCCUGAAGUACAAGGAGGCUUAUGCCCAGGUGCAUGAGCGUGACUUAGAGACUGACAUCGAGGGCGACACUAGUGGAGAUGUGAGGAACCUGCUGACGGCACUGCUGCAGGCAGCCAGAACCGAGGGCUAUGAGGUGGAUGAGGAUUUAGCCGAACAGGAUGCCACAUCUUUGUUCGAGGCCGGAGAAGGCAGAUUUGGCACUGACGAGUCCACCUUCACCUUUGUCCUGACUCACAGGAACUACAUGCAGCUCCAGGCCACCUUUAAGAUCUACGAGUCGCUCUCAGGGACUGACAUUUUGGACACCAUUAAAUCUGAGGCCACCGGGACUCUGCAGGACUGCUACGUCACUCUGGUCAGGUGUGCUAAGAACCCUCAGCUGUAUUUUGCCCGACGUCUUAAUGACGCCAUGAAGGGUGCAGGCACCGACGAGGACACGCUCAUUCGCAUCAUUGUAGGACGCUCUGAGAUCGACCUGGAGACGGUGAAGGACAUGUAUCUGGAGAAAUACGACGUCACCCUGAAGGACGCUCUGGAUUCAGAUUGUGGUGGAGACUUCAAACGCCUCCUCAUGGAGAUCCUGCAUUAAAACGUCUCACUUUCUCCCUACUGGCCUUAUUUAACCAACAUUAUACAAACUCUGUAUCCAGUGAUUCCUCAUCUAAUUCUUUAUCCUCCUUUUACCAGGUUAUCUCAUCUCCUUUGUGGGUGUCUUUCAGCCUGUCAUGUAUGUCUUUAUAUUUCUCUCUUACUCAUUGAGACAGAUCUCUUUGCAGCAUGGACCAAAAACCAACUUGUUACUCCAUUAAACAGUAUUUUACACGUGGUUUACUUACAUUUAUAGUCUUUGAAUACACAGUUUCGCCAAGAACUUAACAUCGAGCAAAAAAAUUAUGUCAUUGUCCAAAAAUCUCAAGUCAUUUUUCAACAAUCAGUAGCUUUGCUGUCUUUUUGUACCUUCGCUCACCAUUUUAAGCUCAAAGCUUGACUCAUGUGGCCUCUGAUAUUUGGCACUGUAUUUAUUUCUUUCAUCAUCAUCUAUUAAAACCACUCCUGUUUGCCUCAAAGAUGCCUUUAAUGAAUUGAUAAUGCAAUUUCCUUUUUGCUGCAACACUAAUCACGCAAGUGCCCAAUUAUCACACUUAAUUAUUGUCCUAAGUAUGCUGUUACCUUUUUAUCUAGAGCUCUGAACUCUUUUUAGUACACAGUAUUGGCUUUUUUGUAGUCUCAUCCCUGAUUGUUAUGUGGGAUUUUUUAACUCUAACGGUUUGUAGUUUUAUUAUAAGUCACAGCUAACAUGCUGCCUAUCACAUUAACACAUUUCCACGUCUUUACCCAUCACUUAUAGUCGUUGAAUUGACUUAACCUAAAUACAUCUACAGUUCUUUGUGAUUAGUAUGCUUAACUUUGAGAUCAUUGUGCAUUAAGAUCAUCAGAUAGUAACAAAUGGAUAGAUAGUUAUAACAAGAAAGACAUGUAUUUCUCUGUAACCUCUGAAGAACAAUCACAGUUUAAGGACUCAGUUUACAUCCAUGUAUGAAAUCAUAUAACAGAUUUGAUUUAAAACCAUUAUUAGUGUCAUAUAUAACGAAAUGUUUGGUUGAGUUGUCACAUAGUGGAAGAGUAUGCUAAAUUAUAUGAAGGAAGUUAUUGUAAACCUGUUGUGAUGUCAUGUAUGCAGUAAUAAAGUUUAAAUCAAACGGAAA